UCUCUCGUUCUUCCUUUCCUCUUCUUCUGUGACUUCGUGCCGGAGAUCAGGGUUAGGUCCUGAAUCCUGAUUGUGUCGGAGCUAAGACCGAGGUUAAUGUUUUAGGGAAAGCAUUAGGAUAAAGAUGAGCUCUAUCCAGGCUUGUUUGUUUCGACCAGCCUGCAAUGGUAGGAGGGCAUCACAGCCGAUCCCCAUCUCCGGCAUACCCUUUAGACCGUCUUUACAUUUUAAUUGUCGGUCACGUGCCUUACCGACUCUUCGGAUGAAUGGGUCAAUGUCUACUCAGUUUUCUCCUCUUCUGAAUCACCGACGCCGUUCACCUUCUGGGAAACAGAGGCAAGGAACAACUGUGUGCUUACUUGGUGGGAAGGAUAAGUCAGAUGGUAGCGAUGAGAUAUCACCAUGGAAAGCAAUCGAGAAUGCCAUGGGGAAGAAAUCAGUUGAAGAUCUGUUGCGAGAACAGAUGCAAAAGAAAGAGUAUUAUGAUGGUGGGAGCAGCAAUAAUCCGCCUCGAGGAGGAGGCGGCAAUGGCAGUAACGGUGGCCGAGGCUCAGAAGGUUCAGGAGAAGACGGCGGUGUUAAAGGGAUCGUGGACGAAACCGUCCAAGUAGUUUUGGCAACAUUGGGCUUCAUAUUUCUGUAUGUCUACAUCAUUAGCGGCGAGGAAUUGUUCAGACUAGUCAGGGAUUACAUCAAGUACCUCGUUGGAGGAACCAAGAGUGUUCGUCUGACCCGAGCUAUGGACGGUUGGAGAAGAUUCCUGGACCAGAUGUCGCCGCAAAGGGUAUACAAUGAGUACUGGCUAGAAAAGGCCAUUGUCAGCACACCUACAUGGUAUGAUGGCCCCGACAAGUACAGAGACAUCAUGAGCUCUUAUGUAGAUUCAAACUCUGAUGAUUAGUUUACCGAGCUUUGGCCCCGACCAUUUUGCUUGAUGCCUUCGGUCUCGGCCUAUAAAUGUUUAUGUAACAUUUUUUUCAGGUCUAAUCAUAUUGGGUUUUCUCCGGAAA